CCCCACACAGGGGCGGGGGAGCGGCGCCUCCCGCCGUUCGCGGGCCGGGCUGAGCCGCCGGAGAAAGGCGGCACCGGCACCGACCGGACGGGCGCCCGCCCUCCGACCGACUGCCAUCCGCCUGUCCGGCCGUCAGUCCAUCCAUCCAGUGGGACUGGGUGUCCUGGAGGAUGGUGGUGCCCGGGAAUGCCCCCCUGAUCCAGCAGGACCCCGCUCUGGAGCCAGCCCUGGGCAGAGACGCCCCGGAGCACCCAGCCAUGGGCCCGGGCACGGAGCCCCCCGAGGACGUGGGCCCAGAGGUGCGGAAGCUGCGGGAGCUGGUCCAGAGACUGGAGCUGGACAAUCAGCACGCCAGGAGCAGGAGCAGCAGGACCCUGCUGGGGACAAACGUGUCAGGGGACAUCCAUGCCGGGGUGGGUAACCAUGAGCCUGGCCUCAACGGGAUGGAGAUCAACAACAGCAUCAAUGCCAUCACCGAGCAGCAGGAAUUGCAGCUGAUGGCGGAUUUGCACAGCCAGCUGAGCAAGAUGAGGCAGGAGGAAGGAGAGAGCAACUUCAAGAGAGGCCUGGAUGCCCCAAUGCAAUACAGCUGCAACAGUGCCCCCGAGGAGGUGUCUCCCAAUGGGGAGCAGAGCCACAGCAAUAGCCAGUGUCCCUCACCUGUGGAUACAAGUGACAGCUCCGAGCUCCUGGGCAGCCUGCUCAUGGCAGGGAUCCACACCCCGGCUGCAAUCCAUGAACAGAAUCCCAGUGAAAAGGGUGCAGAUCUAGAAGGGCUUCCAAGUCACACAGAUCUGGAUGAAGUCAAAGUGUUAGAACUGGAAAAUUGCCCUGAAGAGGAGGAUUGCUGGCUCUAUGUGUCUCCAAGGAAAUCCAUGGAUGAGAAAACAGCCUCUCCUCUGAAGUGGUGCCGGCAGGUGCUGGAUAACCCCAGCCCCGAGAUUGAGGCUGCCUGCAGAACCCUCAUCAACAGGCUGGACCAAGCCAGUAGAUGGAAAAACCUGUAUUGCAGCCCCCUGGCAUCUCCCAGCGCACAUAACCUGAAUUCCGAGGCAGGCUCCUGUAGCAAUGCACUAAACUCUCCUGGGCACCUCAAAUCGACUAACAAAGCACUACUAACCUGUGGCAGCUCAGGGUACCUGAGCAUGCACUCGGCCCUGAGCUCCCAGUCCUCAGUGGACAGCGAGCUGAGCACCUCGGACGACUCCAUCUCCAUGGGCUACAAACUUCAGGACCUCACUGAUGUCCAGGUCAUGGCACGGCUGCAGGAAGAGAGCCUGCGGCAGGACUGCGCCUCCAGCUCCGCCUCCGUGUCCCGCCGCAGCUCCAGCGCCUCCCUGCACUCGCUGCGCCGCGGCACCUACAGCGACCAGGAAUUUGACACCUACAGCCUGGAGGACGAGGACGACUGCGACUGCUCGCUGUCCUUGCGCAGCACCCACCGCUACUCGCCGUCCCCGCUGAGCUCCCCGCGCUGCCAGUCGCCCUCCUCGGGCGCGGAGCUGGGCAGGGCCACGGCAUCGCGGCUGCGCGCCCCGCGCAGGGCGGUGCAGAGCCCUAUGCAGGAGCGCCUCAAGUACGCCAACAGCGAAGAGGAGCUGAGGCACAGCAUGCCCAACCUGGCCCGCAGCAGCCUGCGCGCCCUCGAGGCCGUGCGGAGCAGCCGCAGCCUGGAGUCCGACCUGCAGGUGCCCAGCAGCCGCAUCCCCAGGACUCAGCAGCGGUCAGCAGGUUCCUCCAGGCAGCACAGACCCCCCAGGCCCCUGAGGAUGACUCCUGGAAGGAUGGGUGCUACUGACAGCCCAGAACACCUCCGUGAAGUAGAUCCCAGCUGGCUGGGCAUGACCUCACUGGGAAAGAGCCCCUGUCCCUGCAGACUGCUGUACAUAUCCCUCAUUCUGUGCUCUCCACACCUCCCACCUCCCUCUGUUCUGCCAGGAGCUGGGGCUGGGACACACAGCUCCCACCCUCCAUUGAACCCUGAGUCUUCCCAGGAAGACUGGAAAAGCCUUAUUUCAUCCACACCCCAGCUGCAGCCCUGGGGAAGGUCUGUCACCAUCCCCUCCCAGGGAUGCUGCAGAGCUGGGGGUGUCCUCUCUGUGCCAGAAGCAGCUCUGAGCUGGUGCUGUGGCAGAGCUCGUAGAGAGUAGAAACAGUGACAUAGGUGUUAGGUUUGAGACUUUUUAAACCCAACCUGAUGUACUCUAAUAUUUGUCUGGAAUUUUACUGGGUUUUGGUUUGUUGUUUUUUUGGUUGUUUUUUUUUUUUUUUUACUUCUGUAUAGAAUGUAUUUCUGCUACUUUUUAUUGUUUGGUCUAGAGCUGCAACAAGUUUUUAUAACUGUAGAACACUGAGCUGUUGUAUCCAGGUGUCAGCACAGGUCAUGAGGAGCAGUACACAAUAUUUGUGUGGGGUGUGAACAGGCAGGGACAGGAAUGCCAGUUAAAAACUGCUGGGCACCAGCACCUUACCUCAGCUGAGCGAGCUCAACACCACUUAAGAGUAAACUUUUUAAAAAUCCCCUUCCCUCACAGUUUUGUCUUGAAGCGUUGGAGAUCUCAGCUGGUUCCCAACUGCCCUGACUUUUGUAGAAGUUUUCUACUGUCUCUUAAGGAUUCUGUACCAGUGUCCUUUUCCUCAGCAAGUGCUGGAUGCUACAAAUACAGUCUUAGUCCAGGAAAUAUGCACUGAUAGCAAUGUUCUCCCUGCCAUCAAUGUGACUUUGUUAGUGUAGUUUAAUAAAAUGUUAUGGUGCUGAAAUAGA